CUGGCAAUUGAGGAUUAUUAGAUUGCAGUCAAAUCUCAAGUUUUCGUUCGAAAUCUCUUCAUGCGUUACAUAUAGAUCUUCGCAUAGAAUGCACACGCCUAUCAGCUCGGGCGAGUUUCUUCAGCUCCUGCAGCGAUGCAUACCUCCAGGAGGAUGGCCCUCAGUCCUCGCGGUAGGCAAUUCCGGUGGACCGGACUCAACUUGUCUACUUUACUUGCUUUCCUCCCUCAAGCAAAGCAAGCAACACAAUAUGCGCCUGCCCUUUCAUCUCAUAUCACUACAUGUUAAUCAUGCCUUACAAGCGUCCUCGGAUGCCAUGGCGGAAUGCGCUGCGCAGACUGCACGCAGCCUAAACAUCGACCACCACACAGCAUCCAUCCCUUGGGGUACUGGCCCCUAUCCGCCUCUUCAAGAAAAGAGCAAGCCGUUCGAGCGCAUCGCGCGGAACGCUCGUUAUCAGACGCUCUUUCAAGUCAUGACAAAGUACGACGCGCGCGCGAUCGCUUACGGCCAUCACGCUGACGACCAGGUCGAGACCGCUGCCAUGCGCCUUGCGAUGGGGAGCGGCCUUAUCGGCGCAGGCGCGAUGCGGCCCGUCCGCAGGUGGGGCAUGGGUGAGCAGAUGCCACUCGCGCAUUUCGGCCCUGCGAGCAUGUCAAGGUGGAUCGUGCGUCCGUUGCUGACCGUGCCGAAGGACAGGAUACUCGCAACGUGUGAGAAGCACGGCCUGCAGUACGUCACCGAUCCCACGAACUUCCAGCCGUCGGUGACAAUCCGCAACGCCAUUCGACAUACACUCGCUCAGGAGCAGCGCAAGGGUUCUGCCGCAGAACCAUCGUCUGAAGCAAAAGCGAAAGCCACACUACGUCCCGAAGUAAUGACAGCCAUUGAAAAGCUUCGCGCGCGUUGUCCCAGCCUGCCCUACGCGGAAGCCUUGCGCGAGUCGGUCAGGCUUGGCGGCCAGUACGUCGAACAGCUCGAUACCCAAGUUACCAACUAUCUCUCCUAUUGCUCCCUCCCUUCCCCUCCCUCAACCGUCCUCCUCAAUGCUGAAUCUCUGCACGUCAUCCCUGACAUGGAAACACGGAUCGCACUCGUCCGGCGCAUCCUACGCUACUGCUCACCCCGCCUUUGGGGGAGCAUCGAGGCAGAAGCCAAAGCACACCGUAAUAGCCUCGAGCGAAUCGUGCAAUAUGUUUGGGACACUACAAGCAACCCACACAUGCGAACCAGAUUCUCUUCGGGGUCGAACGUCGUCUGGGUCCCUGGGGUUGCUGAGCCCUCCGGCGUCUUCCGCCUGCGGCACACAAAAUUUGAGCCCUUCCCGCACGUUUAUGCGUGGCGAGCGCAGCGUGCGCCACCCCAGGCGGCGCAUGCGGUUAAGCUCCUCGUGCGCAACGUUACGAACCUGCUUGUGGAUCAUACAACCCCGGAAGUGCAGGUGCUCUGGGACACGCGCUUCUUGCUGACGUUCCACCCGGAGAAGAUGCCGCAGGUCGUGCGUGAGGCACUUCUUGCUGGGGGCUCGGAUGAACAGGUGGUGAUACAACCGACCAUGAUGUGGUACGCGCCGCAAGUGGUAUGGAAGCGAAGUGACGGGACGGAGGAAGUCCUGGCGGAUUACAUGUGGGAUGGCUUCCAACAGAAGUAUUUCACGAAGAGAGAGGCGAUAGACGGAUCGUCAUGGGUGAAGAUGGAAUUCAUUCGGACAUUGGGUGCUAUAUGAACGUUAUUAAUUGUCGUACUCAGGAGCUCAGACGGUUCAUUGAAGAGAGCGCAGAGCACAGCAAAGUGCGCCAGUUCAGGCAUUGUAUCUAUGACAUAUCUACAGUUAGCGCCAGUCUACGUGAAUUUGAUGCUGUAGCUUUGCAUCUACAAUCCAGU